GGGGAAAGCGCACCGGGCCCGGGCUGAAGUGGACCGGACCCGGGCUGAGGCGUAACCACCAGAAAGUACCACAAAAGUUCAUCUAAAGCGCGCCGCGGGCAGCUCUUCGCGCCGCCUCUGACGUGUAGGACCUCCUCUUCGGACACAGCAGCAGUAAUGGCGGACUACGACAGCUACGACGACCGGGACCGGGCCUACAGCAGCUUCGGCAGCAGAGGGCCUCGUGGCGGCGGCGGUGGAGGAGGCGGACCUCGGAAGCAGAAGGAGCUGCCGUCGGAGCCGCCGUACACGGCCUACGUGGGAAAUCUCCCCUUCAACACUGUCCAAGGAGACAUCGACAACAUCUUCCAAGAGCUACAGAUCCGAAGUGUUCGGCUCGUGAGGGACAAGGAGAGCGACAAGUUCAAAGGUUUCUGUUAUGUGGAGUUUGAUGAUUUGGAGUCUUUAAAAGAGGCGCUGACGUACGACGGAGCGUUGCUUGGCGACCGGGCGCUGAGGGUGGACAUCGCUGAGGGGCGUCGCCAAGAGCGCAGCGGAGGAAACUUCGGCUUCAAGAGUGACGGCCGAGGAGGCGGAGGAGGAGCGCGCGGAGGUCGAGGCUUCGGCUCCAGAGAGCGAGGAGGCGGCCGCGAGUUCAGAGACGACGGCUACGAUUCGAUGGGAGGAGGUUUCCGUGGCGGCGACGAUGACUACAUGGGCGGGCGGGGUCGAGGCGGUCGUCCAGGUGACAGGAGGGGAGGGGCCGCAGGCAUGGGGCGCUACAGAGACGGCCCCCCUCGCGGAGCCCCGCCCACAGACUUUAGGGAACCCUCUGAAGAGGAGCGGGCACAGCGGCCUCGGCUCCAGCUAAAACCACGCACUGUCGCCGGGCCGCUCAACCAAGUCGCCAACCCAAACUCGGCCAUUUUCGGAGGCGCCAAACCACGAGAGGAGACCAUCCCCAAAGACAAGGCUUAAGAACUGUCCCAGACGCGGGAAUCGGACACGGCGCCAACGCGGGCAAAGGGCGGGAACACGACGGACAGAACGCAUUCCUCAGAAAGACUCAGAUAUUUAUUCGACAGCGGCGCUCGCGAAAAACGAAACCUUCAUGUGCAUCGGACAGAGCGGUCUUUUGAGUUCUUUGAGUUCAAACCAAUCGGGCCCCAGCGGCUCGCCAACAAACGCCACCCAAACGCCACCCAAACGCCACCACGGAAGUUUUAGUUCAUUAGGAAAUCACCUUAUCUCACAUUUGACCCCAUUUGACCUCACGUGACGUCACAUGACCUUAAUAACCGUGUUCAAACCAGGGCUCUCCAAACUGUGCCUCGCUCACACUCAGAUCGCUUCAACGUCGUUUUUGCUGAAAUUGCCUCAUGAGACUUUUCCGUUACGCGCAGACACGCCCACCUCUCCUCCUAUUGGCCAGCCUCUGACAGGCUCUGAGUGAGUGACAGAUGUGUUUGACCAAUCACAGUGAAGCGUGGACUCUCCGCAGCAGCAGCACACGCCUCUAGUUGUAAGACGCUACACGAGACGCAAAAAUAACUCAAAUAAAACCUGACGCACAACCACAGUCUCUGCUUUUAUACGUUAUUCAUGUGUUAUCUUAGUCCCGGCUUAGUCCCAGUUUAGUUCCAUUUUCUUUUACAGUGUUUUUGAGCAUCUUGGGGCUUUGGGUGGGGUGUAUAGUUUUCCCUCGAUGUGAUUGGCUGGCACAGUUUGGAGAGCCCGCCCCCGGACGCACCUGAUUGGACACUUUGUUGACUUUAACUUUUUCUGGACUUUAAACAUUUCAAUUCAUCUGUCCAUUUUUAUUUUGGGAUGUUAAUAAAAGAGUAACCCUCAAA